AGCAACCAACCAAUUGGCGCCCCUUCCUGUCUAUCCCCCUUCACCCAUUUCGCGCUGAAACGGAAGCCUUCCCAAAUUCCCGUCUUCCAAUCAAAGAAAUGAUGGCAAUCGCAGACAACAUGGGGGGAUCAGAGGAUGAAAAGGUUUACAACGUAUUUGUGUACGGAACUCUGAAGAAGGGAUUCGGGAACGAGUGGCUGACGGAGCAGAUGAUUGCGCAGGGGCACGCGGAGUUGGUGGGCUUAGCGCGGAGCAGAGAGGCGUAUCCGCUGGUGUGCGGGCCGUAUGAGGUGCCCUUCCUCCUCCAUUUUCCAGGGCGGGGGCGCCAUGUCUGGGGAGAGCUUUACGCCCUCGAUCGUCACGCCCUUGAGCAAUUCGAUCACCUCGAGGGCACCUCCAAAGGCCACUAUUCCAGACGCCCCAUUCAAAUCUUCCGCAUUGACGGUGAAAAUAAUGAGGUGGAGGUGGAUGCAGAGGCUUAUUUUGCAGGGGACGGGUACGCGCACCGGCUGUGGAGCAAGACCGGCGUGGAGAAGUGCCUGAGCUGUUAUUCGGAGGAAGAGAGCAGGGGGUAUGUCAGACGAAACGACAGGCCGCCCCAUCUUACAUUUCUUCAGCACAUCGACGUUUUUCUCUCUACUUCUGCCCCUCCUCAGCAUCGCCAAUGUCCGCAUCCCGAGGUUAAUCACAGUGCUGCAAUCGCUAUUUCUGCACCUCAUUCAUUGUUUCGAUCGAAUUAGGUCUUUUGGGUUUGAGUCCUUGGAGACUGUAACUUUUUGUGACUCGCUAUUAGGUAUCACAUGUAAUUCAUCUCUGGGUAGUGCUUUAAUCACAGUGCUCCUCCCACCCAAAUCGCUGUUUCUGCACCUCAUUCAUUGUUUUGAUCAGAUUCAGAGGUCCUGGGUUUGAAGUCCUUGAAGACUGAAACUUUCUAUGACUCGCUUUUAGGUAUCA